AAGUCAAAUUACACUAUGAUUGAAGAUAAUAAAGAGAACAAAGACCAUGCAUCUGAAAGAGGAAGAACGGCCAUCAUUUUUUCCCUGAAGAAUGAAGUCGGAGGACUUGUAAAAGCCCUAAAACUUUUCCAGGAGAAGCAUGUAAAUCUGGUGCACAUCGAGUCACGGAAAUCCAAGAGACGAAAUUCUGAGUUUGAGAUCUUUGUUGACUGUGACAGUAACAGGGAACAACUGAAUGAGAUCUUCCAGCUCCUCAAAUCCCAUGUCAGCGUUGUCUCUAUGAACCCAACAGAACAUUUCAACGUGCAGGAACAUGACAUGGAGAAUGUUCCCUGGUUUCCAAAGAAGAUCUCAGAUUUGGAUAAGUGUGCAAACCGAGUGCUGAUGUAUGGGUCUGAUUUGGAUGCUGACCAUCCAGGUUUCAAAGACAAUGUCUAUCGCAAGAGACGAAAGUAUUUUGCAGACCUGGCUAUGAACUACAAACAUGGUGACCCAAUUCCCAAGAUUGAAUUCACAGAGGAGGAGAUCAAGACCUGGGGGACUGUAUACCGAGAGCUUAACAAGCUUUACCCAACUCAUGCCUGCAGAGAGUACCUUAAAAACUUGCCCUUGCUCACCAAAUACUGUGGGUACAGGGAGGACAAUAUUCCCCAGCUGGAAGAUGUGUCCUGCUUCCUGAAAGAGCGCACAGGUUUCACCAUCCGUCCUGUUGCUGGGUAUCUGUCACCCAGGGACUUCUUGGCAGGAUUAGCAUUCAGAGUUUUUCACUGCACGCAGUAUGUCAGACACAGCUCGGACCCUCUCUACACACCAGAGCCUGAUACCUGCCAUGAGCUCCUAGGCCACGUCCCUCUUUUGGCUGAACCCAGUUUUGCUCAGUUCUCCCAGGAAAUUGGUCUUGCAUCACUUGGGGCAUCAGACGAGGCUGUCCAAAAACUGGCAACAUGCUACUUCUUCACUGUAGAGUUUGGCUUGUGCAAGCAAGAGGGACAGCUAAGAGUUUAUGGGGCUGGUUUGCUCUCUUCAAUUAGUGAGCUCCAGCACUCACUCUCUGGCAGUGCCAAAGUCAAGCCUUUUGAUCCAAAGGUCACCUGCAAGCAAGAAUGUCUCAUUACAACUUUCCAGGAGGUUUACUUUGUUUCUGAAAGUUUUGAAGAAGCAAAAGAAAAGAUGAGAGAGUUUGCAAAAACCAUCAAGCGCCCAUUUGGCGUGAAGUACAAUCCAUAUACUCAAAGUGUGCAGAUCCUGAAAGACACCAAGAGCAUUGCCAGCGUGGUGAAUGAGCUACGUCAUGAGCUAGACAUUGUCAGCGAUGCCCUCAGCAAGAUGGGCAAACAACUGGAAGUUUAA